AUGUUAAUCAUCCCUUUAAUGACGAGCGGUUGGCUUAUUGUAGGUGCAUUUAUUUACUUACUGAUUCCCGGUUAUAAUUACCCUGCUGGAUUAUUAAUUGCUGGUUGCGUGACUGCAACUGAUCCCAUUUUGGCGCAAUGUGUUGUUACUGGAAAAUUUGCUGCUAGAGUUCCUGCUAGGUUGAAGGAUUUACUAGUUUGUGAAAGCGGUGUGAACGAUGGUAUGGCGUUCCCCUUUGUAUAUUUAUCCCUGUAUUUACUUAUUUAUGCUGGUCAAGCUGGAAAGAUUAUUAAAGAUUGGUUGUGUGUGACUAUUUUAUAUGAAGUGAUUUUAGGUUCUUUUAUUGGUAUCUGUAUUGGGUAUUUUGGAAGAUCGUGCCUGAAAAUUUGUUUUAAAAACGCUUUCUUGCAAACAGCUGACUAUAUUUCAAUGUGUGGAUUUCCCAUUAUGCUGGGUGUUUUUUGUGCUGGGAUCGGUUCAGUGCUAGGUGUUGACGAUUUACUAGUUUCAUUUUUUGCGGGGUGCUCUUUUUCAUGGGAUGGGUGGUAUAUGAAGCAGGUGGAAAUUGAGCAUGGUGUAAAGAGUAAUUUGGUACCGGUAUUGGAUUUAAUUAUGAAUAUGCUAUAUUUCAUAUAUUAUGCAACAACAAUCCCAUGGGCAGCUUUUAAUGACCACAACCCAAUAGAUGUUUGGAGAUUAAUUUUGAUUGGAAUUGUAGUGAUUUUCCUACGUCGUAUUCCACUAGUUUUAUUACUAUCUUAUGUAAUCCCUGAUAUUAAGAAUAUAAAAGAGGCCCUAUUUGUUGGACAUUUUGGUCCGAUUGGUGUGAGUGGCAUUUUUGCUGCGAUCGUAUCCAAAUCAGAAUUGGAAAAGAUCUUGUUUUCCCAGGAAAAGGAUUUCCCGAUGUCACAAUUAUUAUUAUCAAGUGCUAACGUUGAUACAGGAAAAUAUGGACAUGAACGCAAUAAAUUGGUCAUGGAUACCAUAUGGCCAAUUGUUUGUUUUAUCAUUUUAGUUUCUAUGCUUGUCCAUGGUGGAUCAAUACCUGUUAUUAUGUUGUACAAGUAUGCAUUUUGUACUGAGAAGACUGAUGAUGCCCUUAGUGAAUCUAAUGAUGCCCUUAGUGAAUCUAAUGAUGCCCUUAGUGAAUCUAAUGUCACAUACAGUGUUGUUGAUAAUAAUGGUAUUAAAAAUUGUUGA